GAUGUGUACCCAUUUGUCAAUUUUUCGCAACGGCACAGAAGAGAUAGCGACAGUGGUUCUUAUACAAUUUUUAAGUUAAUUCUAACAAUAAUCCUUACAAAAAAGUAAUUGGAAAAUUGUGAAAAACGUGCAAACGCUGCUUGGUAUAAGCACAAAAGGUUCCAUGCAGCGAGGGAAACGUACAGAUUGGCUUUCGUGCGUGUGAGUGAGAAAUUAAAAUGUGGAAUAUGAUGUGCGACGUAAUGCCAACAAUUUCGGAGGACAGUAUCUCCCAGAGAUCCUCACAAUUCAGUGGCGAAGAUGCCAACUUUGAGCAACUUAUGGUGUCCAUGUUGGACGAACGUGACAAGCUUAUGGACAGCUUGCGUGAAGCUCAAGAGCGACUCAGUGAAACGGAAGUUAAAUUACACGAUGUGGAAAAGGAGCGCGAUAGUUUACAGCGGCAGAUAAAUGCCAACUUACCUCAAGAAUUCGCCACUUUAACUAAAGAGCUGACGCAGGCGCGAGAAACAUUAUUGGAGCGUGAUGAGGAAAUUGGCGAACUUAAAGCUGAACGCAACAAUACUCGGUUACUUUUGGAGCAUUUGGAAUGCUUAGUCGCACGCCAUGAACGUUCCUUGCGAAUGACGGUUGUAAAACGUCAGGCUGCAGCGCAGAGUGGCGUCUCCAGUGAGGUGGAAGUUUUAAAAGCAUUAAAGAGUCUAUUCGAACAUCAUAAAGCUUUAGAUGAAAAAGUACGUGAACGCCUGCGUUUAUCAAUCGAAAAGAAUAAUUCACUCGAAGAGGAAUUAAAUGCAACCAAAGAAGAGCUUCAACAAUACAAAACUGGUGCAAUACAAGCCAACCGUGAAGCUAGCAAUGAAAAUGGUGUGAAUGAAAAGGUCGGCGGUGGCCUUAACGGUGAAUCAAAUGAAGCGAACGAUUAUGCUGCGAAAACGCAUGAGCUGCAAACUAUAAUCGAGAAACAAACGGCAGAGCUAUCGCAAUGGCAGCGGCGCGUAUCAGAUUUGAACAGUAAAAUAUCCGAAAUUGAGGAGAAUUUAAGUAGAACUCAGAAGGAGUUGUGCAAGUCGCAAGAACAAUGUUCUAAACUACAAAGAGAUUUGAGAGAAAAUGUUGCACAAAAGGAGGAUCAGGAGGAACGUAUCGCCACAUUGGAGAAACGUUAUUUAAAUGCUCAACGUGAAUCGACAUCAUUGCAUGACUUGAACGAGAAACUAGAACAAGAAUUGCGCCAUAAAGAAGCACAAAUUAAGUUACACGAGGAGAAGAUUUGCGCAAUCGAAGAGAAGUUGGAAUUAUCUGAACAAAAGUUGGCGCAGCAGGCCAAAUUACAGCCUGAUAUGGAAGAACAGCUUAAAGCACGCAUGGAAGCUUUGACAAAGGUAGGAAAUAAGGCACAAGAACGCCAUGGUUCAGCAGAAGAUCGCAUACAGCGUCUAGAGGCAAAUUUGGAAGAGAAAAAUGCAGAGGUUUUAAGACUGAACCAACGAUUGAAAAUGAACGAAGAGCACAAUUUAAGGUUGUCGUCCACCGUGGACAAAUUGCUUUCCGAAUCAAAUGAGCGUUUGCAAGUGCAUUUGAAGGAACGCAUGCAUGCGCUUGACGAGAAGAACACGCUCUCGCAGGAAUUGGAGAAGGCGCGCAAAAUGGCUGAGGAAUUACACCACCAAAAGGGUGAAAUCAUGAAGGAAUUGUCUAAAACGCGCCUGGAAAUCGAAAAUUUCAAACGGCAAUUGCUGCAGCAGGAGAUCGCCUACAAUAUACAACAAACGGAGGCGCUUACACGCAGCCUAUCGCCCAGCAGCGCUGUAGAUGGUGGUGCCUUUUCGCGCAGCACUUCGCACGCCAGUUUCGAUACGCAUUCGUUGCGUCGCAGCAAGUCGCGCAUGCAAGAGGAGGCGAAUAUUGCGCGCUCUAUGGCCGAGCAAGAGUGGGAGAAUCUACAGCAGGCGCAUGCUCAGCAAGCGUACGAAAUGUCUGCAGCUGUAGCCGCAGCAGCCGCUGCUGAAUGUGAGGAUAGUGAGGCCGCCGCGGCGGCAGCCAUGUAUGCUGCCUCCGACAUAAUGUCGCCGUCGGGACAUGCGGAUGCACAAACGUUGGCUAUGAUGUUGCAAGAGCAACUGGACGCCAUCAACAAUGAGAUUCGUUUAAUACAGGAGGAGAAGCAGUCAACCGAAGCACGUGCCGAAGAGUUGGAAUCGCGUGUGGGCAGUUUGGAGCAUGUCAACUUGUUGGCGCGCGGUCGCUCGAUGGACCGUCAGAGUCCACCGAUGAGUGGGCGCAGUACACCAAACAGCCCCAACAGAGAUUUCCUACAGAAGUAUCACACGUUAAAUUUGCCCGUUUUGUCGAGUGAUAUGUCGCGCGAUGACAUCCACGGCAUGUCUACGACAGGCGAUUCAAGUUCGGGUGGCGCCGCAUCGCCGCUAACCGCCAGAUCAAUGCGACUUGAACGUGUUGCGCAGGCCUUGGCCCAUAGCCAAGAAGAGUUGCGGCGGCGUUCGGUUGGCAUCUCACCAAAUCAAGGUGUCGACCAUACAAGUCAUGUCGCUUUGCCGCAACUUAGUAACUAUGGUCUGUCGCCAUUGAGUUCGCGCUAUGGCAGUCAGGAAUCGCUUAGUCGCCACUACAAUACAAUGGGCUCAAUGACAAUGCUGCAAACACCCACCACCACCGUAGGCCGUGAUGUCGCAUCGGCGGUGCAAAAGAAAAAGGGUAUCAAAUCGAGUUUAGGCCGAUUCUUCAGCAAGAAAGACAAAGUGAAAGGCGUUAAAGAUACGCUACCCGACGGUUCGACCAGCAUGAUGUCGAUUGGCAAUUUGUCAAUCGGUCUGAGUGAGGGCGAGUCCAAUUAUGAUGUUAUGAGCGUAACUGGUGGUAUGGUGCCGCGUAUGAGCAGCAUGCCCGGUUCGAAAAUAUCCUCGGUUGAUUAUGGGCGCCAGAAGAAGGAUCAUGACUACAGAAAUGAUUUGCUCGGUGAGGCGAUGAAAGCCGGCACACCGUUUGCGUUAUGGAACGGACCAACUAUUGUAGCUUGGUUGGAGCUCUGGGUUGGCAUGCCCGCCUGGUAUGUGGCGGCCUGCAGAGCAAAUGUGAAGUCGGGUGCCAUUAUGAGCGCGUUGAGUGACACGGAGAUACAGCGCGAGAUUGGCAUAAGCAAUCCGCUGCAUAGACUUAAAUUACGCCUUGCCAUACAGGAAAUGGUUUCAUUGACUUCGCCAUCAGCGCCUCAAACGUCACGUACAACGUUGGCUUUUGGUGAUAUGAAUCACGAGUGGAUCGGCAACUAUUGGCUGCUCGGUCUGGGCCUCCCGCAAUAUCGCACUACAUUUAUGGAGUGUCUGGUGGAUGCGCGCAUGCUGGAUCAUCUAACGAAAAAGGAUUUGCGCGGUCAACUCAAAAUGGUGGAUAGUUUCCAUCGUACUAGUCUGCAAUAUGGAAUUUCCUGUUUGAAACGGCUCAACUAUGAUCGCAGUGAGCUCGAGCAUCGGCGUAAAAUGUCCGAAAACGGUUUAUGCGAUGUGCUGGUAUGGAGCAAUGAUCGCGUCAUACGUUGGGUGUGCAGUAUUGGUUUGAAAGAAUAUGCAAAUAAUUUACUAGAAUCAGGCGUGCAUGGCGCGCUAAUCGCUUUAGACGAGAGUUUCGACUCGAACGCAAUGGCAUUGGCACUACAAAUACCAACGCAAAAUGCACAAGCGCGUCAUACUUUAGAUCAAGAAUUUAAUAAUUUGCUGCAAAUCGCCACAGAUCGAAGGCCAGAAAAUGAACAGCAUAGUAAUUCUUGAUCCAGCUACGGUUUUGCGGCCGACAUGGCUGAGGAAUAAAAUAGUAAAAAUGCAACAGUAAACACAGCAGCAAUAGGAAGCAGCAUGCAAUAGAAACACAACAGUCGCUAGUUGCCCGAAACGUUUGGGCCAACCAAAAAAAAAACAAACAAAACAAAAAAGAAAUGCGUGUAUGAAUACGCAUACAUACAUGCAUAUACGCCGCUAAACGCUGGA